GGGAAAGUUUCCGGAGCAGCGGGAGAAGUGGGAUUCGAGGCUGGAAGCCGCGGCCGGGCAGAAGUGUUAUGAACUGGUCGCGGUGAGAGGCUCCAGGAGAAAGACUACAUCUCGCACAGAACAUUGCCUAGUGGCUCAUGAUGGCGCAUUUACAGAGAAGUCCGCGUCGUCUGCUUGGUUGUGAGGGAAUAUCCGGGUUGAGUCUUCUCCAUUCAGCGGCAGGCAAGAAGUUAGGAAUGCUGAGCGCCAGCCUAUCGCGUACAGUAGGAAGUGAUGAAGGAGAAGAUGACGACGAUGAUGUGGAAGAGGUUACAGAAAUAUCAGACUCAGAGGAUAUAUCGGAACCACAUAAAGAGACGGCAAAGCAAAUUCUUGCUAGAGAUCAAGCCUCGCUGCUUCCUCAAGAGAGCAAGAGCCAUAAGAAGGUGGACUUAACAGAGGAGAACAAUCCGUAUUCCUUGAACAUACCCAAAAAUUUUAUCUGUGAGCAUUGUUAUGGAGCCUUCAGAAGUAGCUACCAUCUUAAGAGACAUUUGUACAUCCACACGGGAGAGCGACCAUAUGAAUGUGACAUGUGCGACAUGAAGUUCAUUCAGAAAUAUCAUCUGGACAGACACAAACGAGUGCACAGUGGAGAGAAACCCUACCAGUGUGAGCGAUGUCAGCAGGCUUUUUCACGGACAGACAGACUUCUGAAGCAUAAGAGGAUGUGCCAGGGCUGCCACACCAAAAUUGCCGAAUCAGAGUCUGGAACAAGUUUCCCCCCAUACACCCCAAGUUUCCGUAUUCACAGAGACGUGUUCAUUAACCCAGGGGAGCGCCCUUUUGAAUGUGACAUGUGCGACAUGAAGUUUGUUCAGAAAUAUCAUUUGGACAGACACAAACGAGUGCACAGUGGAGAGAAACCCUACCAGUGUGAGCGAUGUCAGCAGGCUUUCUCUAGGACAGACCGCCUUCUGAAACAUAAGAGGAUUUGUCAGGGGUGCCACACGAAACCUCUCGCAUUGUGAAUUUCAGUGAAAUUUCAGCCGCUCUUCCUUCACUCAGGACUCAUUCUCUAUCACUACUGGUAAACCACAGAAGUAUUGAAGAAUUUACCCCCCGACACGGGGCUGGUAACAGCGAAGGCCUACUCCAUCAUCCUUUGCAACUUGUAAUUAUAUAGUUGGGGGGGGGAAGGCCAAAUGUGUUUUAUACGAAAGACUAGGCAACAUUUCAUCACUCUGUCUUAACCUGGUUAAAGAGAUUUCAUUCAGUGGAAGGGACUGAUUUUAAAAAUAGAAAGUCUCCAUCCGCUUCCUGCUGUUACCCUGUAGUAUCCGUAAAAGAGGACUUGCUGUCUUUAAUUGUUCUUCCAAUGAUAGAACAAUGUUCUUCCAAUGUUCAGGCUUUUCAUAGAACUCUGCAUUCUAAUGUUCCUCUGUCACUACUCCUGGCAAUGUAUAAAUACAGUGACAACUGGGUUUUACCAGUCCCCUUGUCCCUAGACCCUCUGACUCUGCCCAUCCAAUGCCGUCACAGUUGGUAUGUGUAGGGACAGUCCCCGUAGACAAGGGGCACGCUGAUAUGCCCUGACAGCCGCAGGCAGCUGCAGUUUUGGAGCCUCUUUGGGUUCUUCUCCUCCACUCAGAAUCAUGUCUCUAGCUAUUACAGAUUAUCAUAUUUGUAGUGGUAGCACCCGCUAAUCUUUAUUGAAUGUAGUGAUUAUUUUUGUACAGACUGCUAUAUAAUGGUAAAGUAUUUUAAUAAUUUGAAUUCCUGCACGUUCGGGCCUUUGGAGUCAAGUGGGCCUAUUAGUGAUGGACAGCAGGGAUUAAAAUGAAUGACAUGUAUAUUGUCUCAUCCCACAAAACUAUAUAUCAAUCUGCUCAGCUUCUUCUGCUCUAUACCAUGCUCCAGACGGGCACUGCAUUUUCACUGCGACAGGUUCUCUUAAACAAUACUUUUUUCAUACGGUAUUAUUAAACAGUCUUAAAACAUUCAUGGAAAUUUCCAUGUAACAAAAUAUAGAUGUUAAUUCCCAACCCCCUAGCUUGUUGUCUUCCCGUUCUGGCCAAACUGGCCUAGGUUUGUUGAUUGUUCUGCAUACUCCCAUGCCAAGGAGAAUGAGAUUUGUUUUCCUCCUCACCUCCUUGCCAGGAUCCAUUGAACACCAACGUAUUGUGGAGCCAGUUUUAGAUUAAAGGGACCAGCUCCGUAUUGAUUUUUUAACAGUAUAAUUAGUGUACGUCAUCUUUGUAGAGAUCAAUUAGACCUCAUGAUACGGGUUACAUGCGUCACCUCAGUUGGCCACUUGAUGUGCAGGGGACACAUCACCACCUUAUUGAGAACUCUUCCUUGGCUGGUGUUGCGUAUUAAAAAAAUAAUAAUGCCAUGCACGUAAGAAACGACCAUAUAAAAAUGUGACUAAAACCAUAUGAA